AUGAAGGUCCAUUCUUUUACUCUUGUAGCUGCCACGGCCCUGAUCACGCCCGUACUGGCGGCGUUUCGCCCCGGGGCCGCUGUCAAGGCAAAGCCGCCAGUCAACGCUGGCUUCAUCAUCGAACUCGAGCCAGAUGCGUCAAUCAAUGGCCGCGAGGUUGGCGAAGAUGCGCACUCUGCCUUCCACCGCCGAGCCGAAGACGUCCUGGAUUACUCUGUUCGUCACGAGUUCAAAAAUCCGGACUACUUCUAUGGCUUGUCAAUCAAUGCAAAGGAUGAUACCGACGUCGACACUUUGCUUGCUCUACCCCAAGUCAAGAAGGUCUGGCCCAACAGAUAUUACGACCGCCCUGAACCAGUGGGUUCGAGCCGGGGAUCAAAGACUGCUAAUCCCUCUGUUCCCGUCGGAGUUCAGUCCGUCCAGCUCAGAGCCGCUGCACAGGUUGUCACCAUCAACGGCACCAGUGACGUCCUUUCCAGUCUGAAAAUGACUGGCGCUGACCAAGUACAUGCCCAAGGUCUGACUGGAAAAGGCAUCAAGAUUGGUUUCCUCGAUACUGGUGUUGAUUGGCGUCACCCAGCCUUGGGCGGUGGCUACGGCGAAGGCUUCAAGGUAGCGGGAGGCUAUGACUUUGUGGGUGAUGACUUUGUGGGCUGGAAUGAUCCAGUCCCGGACAAUGACCCAUUGACUACGUGCUUGGAGGGCGGGCACGGUACCCAUGUUGCUGGAAUCCUCGCUGCCAAGGACCCUCAAGGCGUCGGGUUUGGCAUCUCUGGUGUUGCACCUGAUGCAUCUCUCUAUGCCUACCGCGUUCUUGGCUGCAGUGGAGGUGUCACUGACGAUAUUCUCAUGCAAGGCUUUGAGAGAGCUGCUAGCGACGGAGUUGACCUCAUCAGCAUGUCAAUUGGUGAGACGACCAUUUGGGAGGGAGGCUCACCGUACAUCCCGAUUCUGUCCAAGAUCCAGUCUCAGGGCAUCGGAAUCGUCAUUGCGGCCGGCAAUGAGGGCGACACUGGCCUCUACGUUUCCUCGGCGCCAGCACAAGACCCCAAUGCAAUCUCAGUCGGCUCCGUAAGCGACUUCCACUUUGCUACGGUAUACAACGCUGCCGGGUCGGAUGGUUCCACCAUUGAGUACGGUCGUGUUGUUCCCCUCAACGCCUCAGCACACUUCAACGUCUUCGUCGCGGACGACGAUAAUGGAGAGUGCGUGGACCAAGCAUGGGACGACGCGAUUGCCAGCUUCCCUGAUAAGGAUAGUGUGGUUGCAUUGGUCACCGCGAGAAGCGACUGUUACUACAGUAUCAUUGAUGAACGGAGCAACUCUUCUGGCUUCACGAAUGUCUGGGCAUGGUUUCCCGAUACCAGUGACAUGUCCAUCGACGAGCCAGGUGCGAAUGGCGACAUCGAUACGGUGAAGGUCAAGAAGUCUGCGGCAAGCAAAAUUCUUGCCGGUAUUGCUAAACAGGGCAAGAACUUUACCUUGACUUUCGAAGACCAAACUGUUCAUCAAAUUGAUCAGCCAACUGGAGGAACUACCUCAUGGUUCUCAACCUUUGGGCCAACCAUGGAAAUGUCGCUCAAGCCUCAGGUAUCUGCGCCUGGAGGCACUAUUCUCAGCACGUGGGUUACAUCCAACGGAUGGGGAUAUGCGGUUAUCUCUGGCACAUCGAUGGCCACUCCUCACCUUGCGGGUUGCUACGCUCUUGUCAAGCAGAAAUUUCCUAAUCUGAGCCCGAAGGAGAUCGCAAGACGUUUGCAAUCGUCGGCAACUCCUCUGAAGCAAUACAACGCGACCGACAUUCUUACGACUACCGCUCAACAAGGCUCGGGAUUAGUCAACGUCCUGAGAGCAGUCACAUCGGAAACCGUUUUCUCUGCAACUGAGUUCAACCUACGCGACUCAGCCGGCCCCCUUGAUCGGAAUUUCACAAUCGAGAACUUGUCAUCUUCCCCCAAGACCUACACGUUGGGUCACAAGCCUGCAGCGGAGGUCAACGGACUACCAAAUGGCAACAGUCUUGACAUCAACGAUAUGUUCUACUGGGCGCUCAACUUCAAUCCUGUUUACUCGGAAGUGUCAUUCCCAACAAGCUCUCUUACGAUCCCAGCUGGCGGCAAGGCGACUGUAGAAUUCACGAUCACCCCUCCCAUUGUUGACGCUUCCCUCCUGCCGACCUACAGUGGUCUCAUCACCAUCACCGAGGGAGAGGAGGACUUUUCUAUCCCUUAUCUUGGAAUCCCGUAUGCCCGUGGCGAACUCUCCAAUAUCUACACAGGAGACUUGAAGAAUCUUGAUGUCUCCCCAGCGCCUCCUUCCGGCGUUCCUUUACUGCCGUUUAUCAGUUCUUCUGACGCGGGAAUUCGCAACAACGACAAGACGGUUUUCACGUUCCCCGCCAAGAAGGUUGCCGAGAACCAAACACAGAUUCCUGACAACGACCCAGUUCUCACAAUUUUCAUUGACCAACCAUCGGCGUAUGUCCGCUUUGACGCAGUACCUGCCGACAUCGCGUCCAACUCCGCUUACAACUUCACGCCGUCAACAUUUGGCUACCUCCCGGGACCCCAGAUGAACGCUACCGUAUUCACUAACAUGACUGUCACUACUCCUCCCCUGGACUUGGAAACCCUCGACCAUGUGGCAGGGUUGAAGAGUUAUGGCCUCGUUGGCCUGUUGUGGGGUGGCGAUGUGCCUCAUGGAACAGUCGCUACCAACUUCCGAGGCUACAGUGUUUAUAGCACUGAUUGGUCAUGGGGAGUUGUUGAAUUAGCCAACGGAACUAUUUACCAGUUGCCGAAUGCUGACUAUCGCAUUCUGGUCCGGGCAUUGAAAUGGGGGGGUAACAUGAACAGCUCGACUGACUAUGACAGCUGGCUGAGCCCGAUCAUUGGGGUCAACAUCACAGACCCGGGAUAUCCCAACCCUUGGCUCACUCAGUGA